AUGAUGAUCUCCAUAAUAUUCUCCAUCAUCGCCUCUCUAUUUCUCGCAAACGCGCUCUUUAUAUCCAUGUAUCUUUCCAACUUCCUAUCAAGAAGCCCCGCGGAUCCAGAAGAUUCAGAAGAACACAUUCCCUGUAAUCGUUUCUCUCCGGCUAACCGCUCUGAGGACGCGGCGCUAGAGGAUAGGCACUGUGAGGAGAUGCGCAAGCUGGGUGCUAUAUGGUUGAUUAGCGAACAUGAGUAUGUGAGAAGACAUUUCAUGGAUCUCUUGGGUCCCGAUCCCGAUGAAAAGGUCGUUGUUGUGGGGUGGGUGGGUAGUGAUGACGAUGAGAAGGGAGGGAUUUGGGUUCUGAGCACUACGAGAAGGGAGGCCAAUUGUAAGGGCGUCGGGAGGGUUAAGAGCGGGUUUAAUAUGGAAGAGCGCUGUAGGGUUAUUGAAAGCCUUGGGGGAGUGUUUUAUGCUAGUCCCAUGGACUGUCCAGAUCUGGAUUUGAGGCCGGCUACUCUGGCCGGCUCGCAGCCUUAG